UCCAUAUACUCUCUUCCUCUUCCCCACUAACAUUCUGCUCACCCACACUCCGAUCUCGGAUUGACAUCGUCUACGAUCCAGACUUCUUCCUCCCCUUCCAAUUCCUCCGUUGUCACGCCCUUCCUCCACAUCCUAUCCUAGUGCUUAAUAUCUCUCGAGUUCUCCCCUUCAGGGAUAUCACAUCCUUACGCACCCCGGAAACUAGAGUACUGGACAUCUGUCGACAACUUGCCACUGGUCCAUUUCGUCAUUUGACCUCCUGCGCCAUCCGCCAGUUCUCAGCUUGAGGACAAUUCGGGCGGUGGUGACCCGACUCACUCUCCGGCCUUUGCGUCCAUACGACCCUGAUUGCUUGUUCUUUUCAACUAGACUGAUCUCCAUAUUGUCAAAAUGUCGGGCAAUGUGGGUGUUUACAUUCCCAAAUAUGCGUCAUACAACUGGACGGGCGCACCCUCGGAUUACGAAGCUCUUGCUACCAAUGAACUGGGAGGUAAUUCUCGAACGGAAAACCUGAACAAAUGGUUUCAGUCCGGUGACCAGGCGUUCAUCAUCGUGUCCUCUGCCAUGGUAAUGGUCAUGAUUCCCGGUCUAGCCUUUCUUUAUUCUGGUCUUGCGCGUCGAAAAUCGGCUCUCAGCAUGAUCUGGGCCUGUAUGGCUUCCUUCUCCGUCGUCACGUUUCAAUGGUACUUCUGGGGCUACUCCCUCGCCUUUUCGCCCACGGCCACCAAUGGAUACAUCGGCAACUUACGCAACUUCGGUCUCAUGAAGACGCUCGCCGAUCCCAGUCCUGGAUCUCCACUCGUUCCAAAUCUGCUGUAUGCCUUUUAUCAGAUGCAAUUCUGCGGUGUGACAGCAGCGAUCAUCAUGGGAGCUGUAGCGGAACGAGGUCGGAUGCUGCCAGCCAUGGUGUUCGUUUUCAUAUGGGCCACCAUCGUCUACUGCCCCUUGGCAUGCUGGGCCUGGAAUGUUAAUGGUUGGGCGUACAAGUAUGGCGUCUUGGAUUACGCUGGCGGUGGUCCCGUCGAGAUUGGGUCUGGGUUGUCUGCUUUUGCCUACUCGAUGGUUCUUGGUCGCCGACAGGAAAGGAUGAUGCUCAAUUUCCGCCCACACAACGUCUCACUUAUCUUGUUGGGCACUGUCUUUCUUUGGUUUGGAUGGUUGGGCUUCAACGGUGGCUCGGCCUUUGGCGCUAAUCUGCGUGCCACCAUGGCCUGCUGGAACACUAAUCUGACGGGUGCCUUCGCGGCUAUGACCUGGGUGUUGCUUGAUUGGCGUCUGGCACGCAAAUGGUCCAUGGUCGGUUGGUGUUCUGGUACUAUUUCUGGCCUCGUCGCAGCUACCCCAGCCUCGGGAUUUAUCCCUCCAUGGGCCAGUGUGAUUCUAGGUGUUGUUACUGGCAUUGUCUGCAACUACUCCACCAAGGUGAAAUACUGGGUGGGAAUUGACGACUCCAUGGAUGUGCUUGCCGAACACGGAAUUGCGGGUGUUGUCGGUCUGAUCUUCAACGCCUUCUUCGCGGAUGAUGCGAUCGUCGGACUCGACGGGGUGAACACGGGAUCUCGCUCGGGUGGUUGGGUGAUUCACAACUGGAAGCAACUAUACAUUCAAAUCGCCUACGUCGUGGCCACUUGCGCCUAUGCCUUCGUCAUGUCCGCCAUAAUUGCAUACGCUAUCAACGCCAUCCCCGGUCUCAAGCUGCGCGCCUCGGAGGAAGCGGAACUCCUGGGUAUGGAUGAUGAUCAAUUGGGUGAAUUUGCCUAUGACUAUGUGGAAGUUCGUCGUGACUACCUGGCUUGGACCCCACAGAAGCACGAUCAGUUGGAGGACGGCCAUGAAAUCCCUGCUGCGGCCCGCUACGGUAUUGGCGAGCACAGUGAAAUGAUGCUGGACGGCCACGCCCCGGUUGGCGUGGAUAGUCGCGGUUGCAGCGAAGGCGACUCGGGCAUCCAGGAGAUUAAGAUGGCACCGGCGCCGCGCCAAGUGGCCGAGCACCAUCCGGCGCACGAGCCCGUUCCCGUCAGUGAGCCGGUACCUGCAGCUCCUAUGCAGGAGAAAAUCGCGACUUGAUGAGCAUCUCGCCUACUCCUUGUUUUGUCUUUUCCCCCUUCCAUUGUUGCUCUGUUAUGAUAUCCAGCGUCGCCUUCCCCUUGAGC